AGGUCGAGUGACCGCUGGGUGCCGCCUGUGGGAGAAAUCCGGAAGAGUUCAUUCAAGGAACCAGUGUUUGGAGGGGCAAGCAGGACUUCAGUGCGGCUCGUCGAGCUCCCAAACUCAGCGAGGGAAAAUCUGCACGCGAAAGGAAAUGUUUUACUGAGGAUUCGCAAAUGUUCUCUACAUCUCGUCGCUGUUUCGCAGAGAUUAACAGCCGAGAUGUCUGGAAACGAAAAACUUUAUGGAUUCUUUUUCGUUUGCUCCACACUUUCUUUGCUGUUUGGUGAGAAACCGGGAGACGACUGUGGCCACGCCGUCCUGGGCCCCGAGAGCGGAGUCAUCUCCUCCAAGAACUACCCCGGCACCUACCCCAACAACACCUGGUGCCAGGUGAAGAUCCGCCUGGCCGGGGGCGCCGGCGUCCUCCUGAAGUUCGCCGACCUGGACAUCGAGGCCAAGCAGUGCGACUCCGACCACGUCGUGGUCCUCCAAGGGGCCUACGGCGGCGACCCCGUGUUCGGGCCGUCCUGUGGGAACCUGAAGACGCAGCCCAGAGACACGGUGCUCGUCGACUCCAAUGAGAUCACCGUCCAGUUCCAGAGCGGAGUUCACAUCUCUGGCCGAGGGUUUCUCCUGUCCUACGCUACGAGGGAUCACAAGGAUCUGCUCACCUGCCUGGACAAAGGCAGCCAUUUCUCAACCUCAAAGUACACGAAGUACUGUCCGGCAGGAUGCAAAGCGGUGGCCGGGGACGUGUCCGGGGACGUUGCGCAGGGCUACAGACACACGUCCGUCCUGUGCAAAGCGGCCGUCCACGCGGGCGUCAUCCUGGACGAGGUGGGCGGGGCCGUAACGGUGGAGCAGCACAAAGGCCGCAGUCACUACGCCGCCGCCAGAGCCAACGGGAUCCAGUCCAAAGACGGCUCCCUGUCCGACACCCUCUUCACGUUCGUCACUGAUGACUUGAAGAAGCAGACGACGUUGCGUCCCGUGUCGGUGAACGCCAGCUCCUGGUGCCCGAGAUUCGCGGAAGCGUGGUGCUCGCGCGACUGGUCCCCCAACGGCACCCUCCCGGACACCGGGGGGCGCACGUGGGCGCCCGAACACAACGACCGCAAGCAGUGGCUCCAGCUGGACCUGGGGGAGAAGAAGAAAAUCACGGGGAUCAUAACCACAGGCUCGACUCUCCUGGAGUUCGACUACUACGUUCGGAGUUACAAGAUCGAGUACAAGGAGAGAAACCGCUGGAAGACGUACAUGCAGAACAACAGCUCAGACUACAUGGUGUUUGAGGGGAACGUGGACAGCCUCCACACGGUGCGGAACACCUUCCACCCGCCCAUCGUAGCGCGCUUCCUGCGCGUCGUCCCCUACGCCUGGAACCAGAAGAUCGCCCUGAGAGUGGAGCUGCUGGGCUGCCCCUAUGUCAGAGCGAACCUGUCCUCCCAGAUCAUCCCCCUGGAGACCGUGCGGCCAAAAUCCAGCCGCCCCAGGGAGGACGAGCAGACGACCCAGCCCGUGACCUCUCAGGCUGACAUAGUGCAACUGGCCAUCAUCAUCGCCUCCACCGUGGUGGGCGUGCUGCUGGUCGUGGUGGGAAUCUGCGUUUUCAAGAGCCUGCAGAAGAAGAAGACAAAGGAGACGCCGUACGGGGCCGCAGACGCACAGGAAACAGCAGGCUGCUGGAAGCAGAUACAGCCAUUCUCCCGUCACCAGUCCACAGAGUUCACCAUCAGCUACAGCUCUGAGAAGGACCCCGUGCAGAAGCUGGACUUGGUCACCAGCACCAUGGCGGAGUACCAGCAGCCCCUGAUGAUCGGGACGGGUACGGUGGCCCGGAAGGGCUCCACGUUCAGGCCCAUGGACACGGAGGCCAAGGACGAGGCCGCCGCCGACCCCGCCGCCGCGCACUACGACUACCUGCACACGGCCAACCAGUACGCCCUGCCCCUGACCAAUCAGGAGCCGGAGUACGCCACGCCCAUCAUCGAGCGCCACACCUUCCGGAAGGAGGGCUUCAUGCCGGACCCCUGCUACAGCGUGCCGGGCGCGGUCCUCAGCAAGACCCCCUCCUUCAAGGCCGUGGACUGCGGGCCCCCCAGGAAGGCGGGGGCCUUCUACCAGACCCCCCAGGUCAAAACGGACCGAGCCAACACCUCGGAGGGCGUCUACGACUGCCCCAAAGCGAGCGCGCCCCCGGCCCAGAACGGGACGGCCGGGGACUACCAGAGGCCCCAGGCCAAGCCGUCGGUGCUGGAGAGCUACUCCUCCCCCAGGGACUGCGUGAAAGCUGGGGGCGCUGUGACCCCGAACCCCGGCGUCUGACCCCCAAAACAGGACACGCUCGCGCUUCGGUCCAUCGCGCUGGGUUAACAGGCCCGAGCGACUCUUUCUACCGUAAAUAAUUUUGUUUGGACCGCGUCCGGCGGCCGGGAGACGCCCGUGUCUGUGCCCGUGGUGUAGCGCCGAUCUCCGCGGACAGACUGGAGGUGCAGUUACAAAGCCGCGCGACGGACCACACGUGUGUGUGUGUCUGUCGUUUUUAUACGUGGGUCCAGAUACGUCGGUUUUUUCACCCCGUGUAAAAAUGUUUGAGGGCGUCGGCUUUCUCGAAGGCACACGAUGAACGCUUUGAGGGAGGCGGUUGAAGGUUUGUAAAAUGCGCUUGGAGCCUAGCGUUUGGGAAAUUCCUCGCGUCUCCAUACACCGUGACCCGCGAUGGCAAGCGCUCACAGGUGAAAGAAUCCGUGAUCUGGGUGCAGGUCGGGGCACUGCCGAGCCCAGACUAAAGGUUGACUUGCCUUUAAUUCUCAUUCACUGGGAUUUGGGAAUUAGCAGCUAAAUACCCAGCUAAGAGCGCGAUCAGGUCCAGCUUUAACGUCUGCUUCCUUAUGUCUUCCAGGGGGCCUGUUAGAAAGGGAAACUCGUAUGUGCACCCGAAGCUCUGAAUCAUCUGUUUUAAUAGCUGCCUCCCCAGAUAUGAUUGUGGGGCGGUGAUAAAAAAAAAAAAGAGAGAGAGAAUCGGAACCGCUCCAGUUGUGGACGGAAAGUGCUAGAAGGGGGGAAGCUUUAAAGCCGGCUAGUUGAGGUGGCGGAUUUGUGUCCUCUGUGAGCCUUGAGAGGGGAAGAUUUAUGCGGCAGAAGUGGCUCUUGCGAGAGAGAGAGAGUGAGAGAGCGAGAGAGAGUGAGUGAGAGAGAGAGAGUGAGACCGAGUGAGAGAGAGAGUGAGCGAGCGAGAGGGGUCUCCGGGAGACGUGAUGCACGAGGAUUCCCUCUCGAUAAAGAGGCUGAAAUGAGCCGUGUCGCGGGGUUGCGGUCGAAGUGCGCUCAGCGGUGCAGGUGACCGAGGCGCAGCUGGCCGACCGCGCAGGGCUCCGGUCCGACAUCCGCCGCUCGUUUAAAAUCCCGUAAAACAGGAGACGGGACCGAGUCAGCCAGGAGUCAAUCAGAAAUACUUUAUGGGGUUCCAGGGGAGGGAGGGGUGCUUACUGGACUGCAGAAUCACAGCUAAAGGAAAGCUGCUGUUGAGAUAAUCGGUUCAAUCGAACCUUCUCUAGGGCCACCAGCACUUGGUGAUGGUAUGUCCCAUUUUUUAUUUUUUAUUUUAUUUUAAAUGGAGGUGAAGACCGAGCCAUGUUAAAUGGUACCUUAUCAAAGGUCUAGUUUUUAAACGGCAUAAUUGUUUGUACAUACAGGUGUGCAGUAUGCAUGUAGAUGUAUUUAGUCGAGAGGAAAGAAAACCCUGUUUGUUGUCCUGUGCUGUCGACUGUACGAAAUGCACCUAUGAGCGUGGUGUUGCUGCUGUGUACAGGAGACAGGUCUCGGGACGGACUGAGGACUCUAAUUUCUGUGAAAUGUUUUGGCGGGGGGGAGGGAGGGAGGGGGAUUUAACGACGUCUGUGAUUUACACAAAGAGCUCUGCCGCAGACGCUUCUGCGAUGACCCUUCUUCCCUCAGUGUUUGGUUUACAUUGUUUUCUGAAAGCUGUGCAGUACGUGGGAACCUGAAAUAAAAAGAAAAAAAACACAACAUGCUGAAAACACAUGCGGCGGAG